AUGUCUGGUCGCAAUUUGCCAUACCGUGAUCGCGGCGGGGAUCGUGGAGGGGACCGUGGCUCUCGCGGAGGACGUGGAUUCAGUGGUGACCGUGGUGGUCGUGGUGGUCGUGGAGGUCAACAAUCUGGUCCUUCGAAGAUGCUCCUGGCGCCCACUCAGCCACCUGAUCCGAACGCCCUCAGCUACGAGAACCAGUACAUCAAGGACACCGCAAAGGAUACCCAGAAGGACCACCAACUCGCUCGACGCCCCGGCUAUGGAACCCAAGGCAGAGCCAUGGUACUUCGGGCCAACUUCUUCGAAAUGCAAUUCAAGCCAGACCAGGAGUACCACUCUUACCGCGUGGAUAUCGCUGUGAAAAAGGAUGGCGGCAAAGACACUGGCAAGGAGGGCGGCAAGGAUGGCGACGGCUUCAAGCAUGCUGAAAAAAUCCCCAAGGCGCAUCGUCAGUUCUUGAUGGACGCGUUUUUGCAGGAACGACGCUUCCAGGAAAACAUCGGCACUGCUACAGAUGGAACCACUGAGAUCGUUCUGAACAGACAAUUGGAUGACACCUCGAGCUUCGUUCGUCGCAUUGGUGACGCUGCUGUUGCUCCUGGUGACAAACGGCCUGUUUACAAGGUCACGCCCAUCUAUCAGGGUUCAGUCAAGCCAGAUGAUUUCAAGAACUUUCUGCGGAAUCCCAAACAACGGGGCCCAGUGGAAAAUGAGGCCGUCAUUCUGCGCAUCCUCAACAUCGUCAUGAGUGCGCACCCAUACAAGGACCCCGGCAUUUACAUUUCUGGUAGAGGACGCACCAAGUUCUUCCGGAUGGGCCCAGGAAAGGAGGCCUGGCCAAUGGGUGGUGGUAUUGAGGCUGCUCGUGGCUACUUUUCCAGUGUUCGCUUUGGCACAGGCAAGUUCCUGCUGAACCUGAAUGUCAACCACGGCGCUUUCUACAAGCCCGGUCCCUUGAGUGCUCUGAUCAAGGAGUACAUGGUUGUUUAUGGUGAGGAUCGCGAGCACCUUGGACGCUACUUGAAAGGUCUCAAGAUUUAUGCCAUUCACUUGCCAAAGAGAAACGAUGCGUUCGGGAAGCCACAGUAUGCGAUCAAGUCGAUUCUCGGUGUUGCGACUCCCCAGAUGGAAAAGUCAAAGCGUCUUGCUUCUUCGCCGGGCAACGUUCAAUUCUUCAUGAACCAAGAAGGUAGACCUGGACGAUAUGUCACGGUCACCGAGUAUUUUGAGAAAACCUACAACAUGAAGAUCAGGUGCCAUGACAUGCCCGUUGUCAAUGUCGGUAACCUGGAACAUCCCUCUUAUCUGCCGCUGGAUGUCUGUGAGGUUGUUCCUGGCCAAGGCUUUGGUGGAGACCCAGCUACUUCGCAGCGUCAGGCGAUGAUCAAAGUCAGUUGCCGUAGGCCACCUGAGAACUACGAGUCAAUCACCACUGAUGGUCUCAACAUCAUGGGAAUCACCGCCGGCAAAACCGUGGAAAGAGGCAUCAAAGUCCUCCCUGAUAUGGUCACUGUCCCAGCUCGCAUCUUGAACACCCCUGUCUUAAAAUAUGGAACUCAGAAGACCACUCCCCGAUUUGGCUCUUGGAACCUGGCAAACACCAGAUUCUGCAGCGGUGCCACCAUUCCAACGCCGGCUGUUCUUUGGCUUCGGACGGGUCGAGACUUGUUCGAAACUCCCAACAUGUGUGUUCAAAAAUUCACCAAGAAGCUACGAGAACACGGCAUGAAAGUCAGCGACCCUACGAUGUAUCUGCAGGCGUCACUCUCUGGGGGGCCCGAAAGUGAGCCCAAAAAUCGGGAAGCGAUCAAGCAAUUGUUCAUUAAGUUGCUGAAUGGGAAAGUCAAGUUUGCCGUCGUUAUUCUCUCUGACGCAAACAGCAAGGUAUUCGACUGGAUCAAGUACUCGGGAGACGUCAAAACUGGCAUCAUUACCCACUGCAUGCAGGUUGACAAACUUAGCAAGGGCGACGACCAAUACCUGAGCAACAACGCUAUGAAGGUCAACCUGAAAUUUGGUGGCGCCAACCAAGUACUUGACGGAUCCCACUCCAAGUUCAUUGGACAAGGAAAGACCAUGGUCGUUGGCUUGGAUGUCACCCAUCCAACCGGCACAGAUCCCCCAAGUUGGCCCAGUGUUGCUGCCAUUGUUGCCUCAAUUGACGGUCGUAUGGCUCAAUGGCCCGGAGAAAUCAUGAUUCAAGGCCGCCGCGUGGAGCAUGUUGAAGUUCUCCAGCAGUUGAUGUACAGACGGCUGGAACUGUGGAAGACUCACAAUGGCGGCACAUUGCCUAUGAACAUCCUCGUCUACCGCGAUGGUGUUAGCGAAGGUCAAUUCGAUAUGGUCCUGAACUUUGAACUUCCAUUGAUCAAGAAGGCGUGCGCAGAGCUCUACAACAGAUCUAUGCCCUACAUCACCAUUGUCGUCUGCGGAAAACGUCACAAUGUGCGCUUCUACCCAACCGUUGAAAAGGAUCAAGAUCGGACGCAGAAUCCCAUCAAUGGAUGCGUCGUUGAUCGAGUCGUUACUCGCCCUAUCUUCUGGGACUUCUAUCUGCAAGCUCAGGCUCCUCUUCAAGGCUCCGCUCGCCCAGCUCACUACAUUGUCAUCCAUGAUGACAUCUUCAGGAAUCCCAAGACCAACCCGGAAGGCAAGCCAGCUGAUAUGAUACAAGAGCUAACUCAUAACAUCUGCUACAUGAUGGGUCGUGCCACUCGGUCUAUCAGUUACGCCACUCCUGCGUUCCUUGCGGACAAGAUGUGUGACCGGGCUCGCAAGUACAUGCUCGCUUAUUACUAUGCCUUCAUGCAACCAAGAGGGCCUGGUAGCGACGGGAAGAUGCCACCACCCCCGCCUGAUUGUGUGCAGUUGGAAAAGAGCAUUGUGUCUAAGAUGGCCUACAUCUGA